GGAUCACCCAUGUAUCAAGUGGACCGGUGGCGGCUGCAGGCGGGUACCUGUCUUGGUGUUUCAUGCUGAAGCCAUUCUGAGCAACGACAGCUACCUCCGCCUCGUUGGAGAGCUCUACCAUUUGUCCUAUAAGAUAGUGCGAACAGACAGCCGUCUGGUUAGAAGCAUUCUGACUGCUCAUGGAUUCCAUGAGGUGCACCCAAAUAGCAGCGAUUACAAUCUCAUGUGGACAGGAUCACAUUUGAAGCCCUACUUGCUACGUACCCUUACAGAUAUUCAAAAAGUCAACCAUUUCCCUAGGUCAUAUGAACUGACACGAAAGGACAGACUAUACAAGAACGUCAGUCGUAUGCAACUGGCCCAUGGAUUCAAGACAUUCCAUAUCUUACCUCAGACCUUUAUUCUCCCGACAGAGUACCAGGACUUCUGCAAUACCUAUUCUAAGGACAGAGGCCUAUGGAUAGUGAAGCCUGUGGCUUCUUCCAGGGGUCGAGGUGUCUACCUGAUAAACAACCCAAACCAGAUUGUCCUGGAAGACAACAUCCUGGUUUCUCGUUACAUCAGCAACCCGCUGCUUAUAGAUGAUUUCAAAUUCGAUGUGCGUCUCUAUGUUCUGGUUACCUCCUAUGAUCCACUUGUCAUCUAUCUGUACGAGGAAGGAUUGGCCAGGUUUGCAACAGUGAGGUAUGACCAGGCAUCCAAGAACAUUAAAAACCAGUUCAUGCAUCUGACCAACUACAGUGUCAACAAGAAGAGUGGAGAUUAUGUCAGCUGUGAUGAUCCUGAAGUAGAGGACUAUGGAAACAAGUGGAGCAUGAGUGCAAUACUGAGGUACUUAAAACAAGAGGGGAGAGACACUGCAGCACUCAUGGCCAACGUGGAGGACCUGAUUAUCAAGACUGUGGUUUCUGCUGAGCUGGCCAUUGCCACAGCUUGUAAAACUUUUCUCUCACAUCGUGGCAGCUGCUUUGAGCUGUAUGGUUUUGAUGUCCUUAUUGAUGACACUCUCAAGCCUUGGCUGUUGGAAGUGAACCUAUCCCCAUCACUGGCCUGUGAUGCUCCUUUGGACCUGAAGAUCAAAGCUAGCAUGCUCUCAGACAUGUUCACUCUUGUAGGCUUUGUGUGCCAGGAUCCAGGCCAGCGGUCAAGUCGAGCCAUUUGUCAUUCAUCUGAAUCUGUCAGGAGAAAUCCGUACCAGAAGCUACAGAUGGGUUCUGCACAGUUGAGCACAUGUGAGGUUGUGAUCAGUGCUGCAUUUGGAAUGGGGGCGGGAUGCGUUUGUGGGCAUUAUGAGGAAGAUCUGAGCGUCCUGUGUCUGCGCAGUCGCAAACAGCAAACAGCAGAUUU